AUGGCGCAUUUUGGUGGAUCUAUCUGCGAUGAAGGUCCAGAGUCGUUUGAAGCUGCAGGCGAGCAUGCUCUUCUGCUGCCUGGGGAUAGUCCUUGUGAUACUGAUGACGCGAUUGAAGCCACCCCCGGACAUUCUGGUGACUUCAAUGUCGCUUGCCUUCGCCCCGUCCCAGAGUGUAAGAACGAACUCUGCAACCCGAUGGCGAAACGUAUCAAAUGCUUCAUGAUCGUAUACCAGUGUGGAGGAGUCCGACACUGUAUCAGGUUGAUCAAACUCAUCAUCGUCCUCUGGCUUAACUUCGUUUAG